AUGGAGGCUGAUGGUACUUCGUGGAAACUUACUGUGCUGUCAUUGAUCUGCUUGUGGGGGAUGUCAGGAAUUUGGGCAGAGAUCCUGAUGCCCCUAACCCAUGUGGAUGUACUCAAGGGUCAGUUGGUGGUUCUGAAGGCUUCAUACAAUCCAGUGCCUGGUAGUGACCUGAGCACAAACACCAUCAUCUGGAGUCUUGUAUCUAAUAACUCUCAACUGGUAAUCUCUUACACUAAGAGCUCAGUAAGUGUGGGGAGUUCCCAGUUUCGGGGCCGAGUUGGGUUCACCUCUCGCAUGCCCUCUAGUGACAUAUCUCUGUACAUCAACAACACCCAAGAGUCGGAUUCAGGACGUUACCUCUGCCAAGUCAUCAUCCCAGAUAACCAAGGCCUCACUGCUGACCUCACCCUGGAUGUCAAAGUGCCCCCUGCUGUUCCAAAGUGCACUUUAUCGGGGAAAGCUGUGCUGAAAGGAAACGUGACGCUGAGCUGCAAGUCAAGCAGUGGGAAGCCUAUCCCAAUGUACAAGUGGAGGAGAACCAGUCCAACCUCAGAGGUUUUCUUCUCACCCAUGCUCAAUGAGAAGACAGGCAGCCUGAAGCUGAGUAACCUGAGCAGCAACAUGUCAGGGAAGUACGUGUGCACUGCUAGCAACACAGCCGGAUCGGAAAGCUGCUUCAUCAACCUGGAGGUUUCCAACUCCAAUAACGCUGGGGUUAUCGCUGGUGCAACUGUGGGCACAGUGGUUGGCUUCCUCUGCCUUUUACUCAUUUGCAUCUUUUUCUUGAUGAAGAGGAAACGAGACAACGAAGACGACAUGGCAAAUGAAAUCAAAGAGGACGCUCAGGCUCCCAAACGUGUGUCUUGGGCAAAAAGCGGAAUGGGUUCCGACAUCAUCUCCAAGAACGGUACCUUGUCCUCCAUCGCCUCCAGCCCGCAACACAGAGACCCCGCCCAACAACAAAACAACCACCACCACUUACAGCACUACCCCCAGCGUCCUCCCUCCGACACCGCCUCCAUCAUCACAGCCACCGGCAGCACGGCCGGUUACCGUCCUUCCCGUCAUCACGGCGCCUCCACCCCGACGCAUAAUAGCUACAACAACAAUAACACAUUACCACGCGACCAGCCAGUCUCUUCUGACGACAACGGGGUCUCCCGACCCAGACCGGAGCGUUACACCCAACUGCCACAGGCCCCCAUGCUCCCACAGACCUAUAGCCAUCCUCAGUUACAUCUUCAAGUUACUCCGCCACCUCCGCCACUUCCCUCUUCUACACUCACAGGCGCUAACAUUUCCCGCAUGGGUGGGGUGCCCAUUAUGGUGCCUGCACAGAACCAGGCUGGAUCUCUUGUUUAA